UCUAAUUCAGCAGCACCAUUGUUAUACAUGGAUUAAGUAUGCGUUGUUAAAUGUAGUAGAUCUGCAUGGGAGUGGAAUAGCAAUUUGAAACGACGUAGAUGAAUAUGGGUUAUAAGAUCCCAGGGGCUGCAAUGGAUCGUGUUAGCCUGUUGUGGCGAUUAAGGCGUCGAGCCCGUCGAGGAGCUUUGUGCAUGGCGCUGUUUUGCGUGACCAUGGCUGUAUUGUACACACUGUGUGCUGAAAACAGUGUACCUGUCACCGAUGCGAUUUUUGGAGUGAGGGCGAGGACUCGAGCACAGCCACGAACACACUCCAUUGUAAAGGUUCUGCGAGGAGUGGGAGCAAAACCUAUAUAUGUGGACCCACAAAAACUUCCAGGGGUCAUUCCUGGAGACCCACAAAAACCUAUUCCUGUUCUCUCAUCCUCCAACAACACAGUGGACUUUGGACAGAAGCAGCAGCACUUGAAGAGCAAAGACAAUGAGCGACAUGGACUUCUGGCCUGGAUGCUGGGAAGACCAUUGAGACAGGCCCUUGAGACGAUCCUUGGUGGCCAAAGAAAAGGAGACACAGCCCAUCUUAAGAGAGACGAGUUCUUUGCACCAAAAGAAUUAAUGAGACAGAUUUGGGAUGAUGAAAUGUCCAGCAGCAUGCUUGGCAAAAGGCUGAGAAAAGUGGUGCAGAACUAUCAGGCAAUGAAUAAAUACGGAGUGAAGCUUUCUGAUUUGGAGUAUGCUGGGAAACGGCAUAAGCUAAGUGGCUCUGAGCUUCUGUGCGAACUUAAAGAGAUGGUAAAAGUCACCACAUUAACACCAGACAUGGAGCCAUUUGCCGGAUUGCCCUGGGCACCUCAACUGCCUGCGAGACCCCUGAUCUCUGACCUCGGCCCAUUUAAAACAUGUGCUGUUGUGUCUUCUGCAGGAUCCUUACGAAACUCUGGACUAGGAAAGGAGAUUGAUGACCAUGAUGCAGUUGUACGAUUUAAUGCUGCACCAACACAGGGCUUUGAGAAGGACGUAGGCUCUAAAACGACAGUGCGUUUGAUCAAUUCUCAGGUCAUGGCAUCAGAAGAUUACCACUUCCUGUCCAGUUCUUUAUACAGUACUGGCACAUUAGUAGCCUGGGAUCCUGCACCCUAUUCGUCUGAUCUAAAUGAGUGGUACAACAAGACAGAUUAUCCGAUAUUUAAACAAUAUCAGCGGUACAGACGACUGCACCCUCAACAGCCAUUUUAUAUUCUGCAUCCAAGCAUGGAAUGGCAACUGUGGAAACGAAUACAAGAAAACAUGGUUGAGCCUAUCCAAAAGAACCCACCAUCUUCAGGCUUGUUGGGAACCAUAAUGAUGAUGUCAGUGUGUGACGUGGUACAUGUCUAUGAGUUCCUGCCGUCACGGCGCAGGACUGAGCUCUGCCAUUACUACCAGCGCUUCAUCGAUGCGGCUUGCACUCUUGGCGCCUACCAUCCACUGCUCUACGAGAAGAACCUAGUAAAAAGAAUGAACCAGGGUUCUGAUAAAGACAUCUACACUUAUGGCAGGGUUACAUUGCCUGGAUUCAGAACAUUUAACUGCAUGCGUAAUUCCAACUACUCUAUGCUUUCAGAGGCGUAG